AUGCUCUGCACCAACGUCUUCCAGACUCUCUGGCCUGGUCCGCUCCCGGAUGAUGACCUUGACGUUCGACCGGUCUCAACUGAGGAAAGCAUUUUAGCGAGACAGAACCGACUUGUUGUUAAGGCAACAGGGCCACGUGGACCCGAAGCAUACUGGCGUGUACAUAAGGUGGGCCAGAGGGUCCGUCGAUUCGAGUCCCUCUCUUGGCCUGGCCACUACCUGCGGCUCAUCGAUCAUGCAUGUGAUGUAAUGGUGCGUUUUAUUAUCUCAGUAUCUUCUGCCUACUCUUUCUAA